UUGCAUUAUCGGGGACAGGCUAUGACAAAUGUCAUCUGACAAUGUUAAUAUCAUUAUUUAGCCUAGACCUAUUGCAAUAUAUUGCGUAAAAGGUUAUGUUAGUUUCCAAAAUGGCCAAUGAUUGUUACAAUUAUUCUAGAUUUAUUGCGGUCAGAUAUCCUGUAGAGCUGCAGGUGCAAACCAGAAACCCGGCUGUUCUGUUCCCAUGGAGACAAAUUCGCAAGGGACCUCUGACGAGAAACUAUACGAUAAACAGCCAACCGGGCUUUAUAUGGUAAACCUCUACCUCUACUCUACUAAUCUUGAUAAUUCUGUAUUUAUUAUGAAGUAGUUUAGAUUAAGUGAACACGAGUCCUGGGGAUUACAAUAAUGACAAAGGGGGAUUUUUGUUGACGGCUUGUCUGUAGGCAAGCUGGUUGGAUAAUAUUGGUUCCGGGGAGAUUUGUCCAUCCAGUGCUGUGACUGAGCUUGAUGGCUUUCUGCCAGGCAGACCGGCAAAUUAAAGUUGAGAACAAGAGAGGCGAUUGAAUCCUCGGGUGUUCUCCAGGUUUUGAUUUGACAGCGUUUUUGAAAGAACUGCGAGUUUACGCAACGCCACCUGAUUGAGAGGCAUAAGUUUUCUGUCUGCACACACAUCCUAUGGUACCGCGGGCGACUUAAAGCGUUCUGUGCUGACGCCCAGACAUGGACAUCGGGAAAACAUUGGCGAUGCUGCGCGACUAAGGGAAGCUGAUCAGCAGAAGGCCCAGUCCACAGCCAGCUAGGCAGGAUGACAGAGGGGGUGGAGUUGGAGGCCAGACAGAACCAGACCCACAGGAUCCAGAGGACCAGACAAAACCAGACCCAGGGCGACACAGUCCUGCUGAGGAGGGGUAGUGCAGGAGAGGGCCCCCAGGGGCCUAAGGGACCCGAGGUUAGGGCAGAGGGGUCCAGGGGAUCAGAGAAUGUGGUAGAGACACAGACGUCUCAGGACUGGACCGGGGUGAACCACAGUACUGUGAGGAGGAGCACAGACAGUGACUCGGAGGAAAACAAGGAGGAGGAGGAGGGUUCCCUCCAACACCACCACCUUACUGGGUUACCACCCCACAAUGGCCCAACUGGAGAACCAGGGGCUGGGCUGUCUGGGAACGGGUAUGCCCAACAGGUGGCCCCGGAUGGGGGCUGGGGCUGGGUAGUGCUGGUGGCUACUAUCCUGGUCCUGGCUCUAACGCUGGCCUUCCCUUCCUGUAUUGGUAUCUUUUACACAGAGCUACAGGCUGAGUUCAGCUCCAGCAACACAGAGACGUCCUGGGUGCCUGCUAUCAUGACUGCUGUGCUGCACGCUGGUGGUCCACUAUGCAGCGUGCUCGUGGAACGGUUUGGUUGCCGGGUAACGGUGAUGGUGGGAGGGGUUCUGAGUGGACUAGGCAUGGUGGUCAGUGCCCUGGCCAGAACCAUCACAGAACUCUACAUCACCAGCAUCAUCGCAGGGUUGGGGUUCUGCCUGUCCUUCCAGCCCUCUGUGACCAUGAUGGGCCACUACUUUUUGAGGCGGCGGGCGUUUGCCAACGCCCUGUCGUCCACCGGCACGGCCCUGGGCCUCAGCACCUUACCCCUGCUGGCCAACUUCCUGCUGGGCCAGUUUGGCUGGAGAGGCAGCUUCCUGGUCCUAGGAGGGCUGCUGUUGAACUGCUGCGUGUGUGGGGCUGUCAUGAGGCCCCUGGGGGCCAAACACAGCGGAGGCCAGAGGACACUCACUAACAAGGCUGCCCAGGGGCUCGGCAAGCAACCAAUCAAAGGUCCUCUCCAACAGGAGAAGGAGGGACUUAAGGCAAGACUUAGGACAGCGCUCAGUGACCUUGUCGUGUUCCUACGGAGACACAUGGCCUUUGACCUGUUGGUCAGUAACCCUCGUUACCGUGCCUACGCCCUGGGAGUGACGUGGAUGAUGUUGGGGUUUGUAGUUCCCCUGGUCUACCUGGUGCCCUAUGCUACAGCCAAUGGUAUGGAACAGGACCGAGCCGCGCUACUGAUGGCCAUACUGGGCCUGGUUAACAUUGCUGUGAGACCCUUGGCGGCUGUCUUCUUCGGCCUGCCGCGCUUCAGGGGCAGUGGUUGUUUUGUGUAUGUGUUUGCGGUAGCCCUCCUGGUCAACGGGCUGAGUAACAGUAUCUGUGGUGCGGCCGCCACCUUCCCCGUGCUCCUGGUCUACGUGGUCAUCUUUGGUCUGUCCAUGUCUGUGAUUGGCUCUCUGCUGUUCACGGUCCUGAUGGAGACGGUGGAGAUGAGCCGGUUCCCCUCUGCCCUGGGUCUCAUCAGUAUGUUAGAGAGUGGAACACUGCUGAUUGGACCGCCGCUAGCAGGCAUGUUGGUGGACAGUACAGGACACUACUCUUAUGUGUUCUAUGCCUGCAGUGUGACUGUCUCCUCCUCUGGCCUCUUCCUGAUCGGAGCGUUCUACUAUCUGGACAGACAGAAGAAGAGGGAAGAGAAGAAGAGAGCAGGUCCUCCUGCUGCGUACCAACAGAAGCCUGCUAUCAGCCUAGUCCCUGACUGCCAGUACAGCCAUGUUCCUUCUACACAGGGAGGGAGAGCAGCGGACACUGUACGUGUCACCAACGUGUGACGUACUAAUAUGCACGUGUGUAACCCAGUAAGACAAACUGUCUAGCUGCCUGCCAUAGAAUUACAUCUAGAAUGAUAAGGAAGUAAGGAGGUAGCCUUCCACGAGCCUUGGCCUGUAGGAGCUGCAGCAUAUCACAGGAACUGCUCACUAUGUAACGCCCCCCACUAUGAUGAACCAAUGAAGGAUAGGAUCUCUGUGGUGCCUGCUGUCUGCUGCCUUCAGAGGGAAGAACUGGGAGGUGACACAUACACGACUGUUAUUAUCACUGUGAUUCCUAUGUAUGUACGUACGUAUCCAGGCAUUCACAACACAAGAGUUUGCACACAGAUCUAGUCUGGAUUUGGAAGUCACACUCUGUCUCUCCCUCUCUCUAUAUAUACAGUAUACACCACCAUCUUUUUUUCAAUAAAUAUCUUCUGUUUUCAUCAACAAACACGAGGAUGAAUGACACACCAUCCCUAUUUCAUUCAGACCCUGAAUGACAGUGCUGUAAAAGCUGACCAAGCAGUCUAGUAGACGUUACAGUAGGACUGUCGUCCAUACGGCCCACUAGUAGACGCUACAGUAGAACUGUCUAACAUACGGCCCACUAGUAGACGCUACAGUAGGACUGUCUAACAUACGGCCCACUAGUAGACGCUACAGUAGAACUGUCUAACAUACGGCCCACUAGUAGACGCUACAGUAGAACUGUCUAACAUACGGCCCACUAGUAGACGCUACAGUAGGACUGUCGUCCAUACGGCCCACUAGUAGACGCUACAGUAGAACUGUCUAACAUACGGCCCACUAGUAGACGCUACAGUAGAACUGUCAAACAUACGGCCCACUAGUAGACUCUACAGUAGAACUGUCUAACAUACGGCCCACUAGUAGACGCUACAGUAGGACUGUCUACCAUACGGCCCACUAGUAGACGCUACAGUAGAACUGUCUAACAUACGGCCCACUAGUAGACGCUACAGUAGAACUGUAUAACAUGCGGCCGACUAGUAGACGCUACAGUAGUACUGUCUAACAUACGGCCCACUAGUAGACUCUACAGUAGGACUGUCUAACAUGCGGCCCACUAGUAGACUCUACAGUAGGACUGUCUAACAUACGGCCCACUAGUAGACGCUACAGUAGGACUGUCUAACAUGCGGCCCACUGGUAGACGCUACAGUAGAACUGUCUAACAUACGGCCCACUAGUAGACGCUACAGUUGGACUGUCGAACAUACGGCCCACUAGUAGACGCUACAGUAGGACUGUCGAACACACGGCCCACUAGUAGACGCUACAGUAGAACUGUCUAACAUACGGCCCACUAGUAGACGCUACAGUAGAACUGUCUAACAUACGGCCCACUAGUAGACUCUACAGUAGAACUGUCUAACAUACGGCCCACUAGUAGACUCUACAGUAGGACUGUCUAACAUACUGCCCACUAGUAGACGCUACAGUAGAACUGUCUAACAUACGGCCCACUAGUAGACGCUACAGUAGAACUGUCUAACAUACGGCCCACUAGUAGACGCUACAGUAGAACUGUCUAACAUACGGCCCACUAGUAGACUCUACAGUAGGACUGUCUAUCAUACGGCCCACUAGUAGACUCUACAGUAGAACUGUCUAACAUACGGCCCACUAGUAGACGCUACAGUAGGACUGUCUAACAUACGGCCCACUAGUAGACGCUACAGUAGGACUGUCUAACAUACGGCCCACUAGUAGACGCUACAGUAGGACUGUCUAACAUACGGCCCACUAGUAGACGCUACAGUAGAGCUGUCUAACACACGGCCCACUAGUAGACGCUACAGUAGAGCUGUCUAACACACGGCCCACUAGUAGACGCUACAGUAGAACUGUCUAACACACGGCCCACUAGUAGACGUUACAGUAGAACUGUCUAACAUACGGCCCACUAGUAGACGCUACAGUAGAACUGUCUAACAUACGGCCCACUAGUAGACUUUACAGUAGGACUGUCUAACAUACGGCCCACUAGUAGACGCUACAGUAGAACUGUCUAACAUACUGCCCACUAGUAGACGCUACAGUAGAACUGUCUAACAUACUGCCCACUAGUAGAGGCUACAGUAGAACUACCGAACACACGGCCCACUAGUAGACGCUACAGUAGGACUGUCGAACACACGGCCCACUAGUAGACGCUAAAGUAGGACUGUCGAACACACGGCCCACUAGUAGACGCUACAGUAGAACUGUCUAACACACGGCCCACUAGUAGACGCUACAGUAGAACUGUCUAACAUACGGCCCACUAGUAGACUCUACAGUAGGACUGUCUAACUUACGGCCCACUAGUAGACUCUACAGUAGAACUGUCUAACAUACGGCCCACUAGUAGACUCUACAGUAGAACUGUCUAACAUACGGCCCACUAAUAGACGCUACAGUAGAACUGUCUAACAUACGGCCCACUAGUAGACGCUACAGUAGGACUGUCUAACAUACGGCCCACUAGUAGACGCUACAGUAGAACUGUCUGACAUACGGCCCACUAGUAGACUCUACAGUAGAACUGUCUAACAUAAGGCUCGUAGUAGACACAAAUAAAUAUUUGAAUUUGUUACUCAUUUUUUGACUAACAACGAUCUCAAUCGACAUUUAAAUGAUUAAAACCAAACCAUAAAUAUUUAGAAAUGAUAUUGGACCUAAAUCUAGUUUCUUCACUCUGUCCAGCUAGCUAACAGUCAUCCAAAUGAAAGCUACAUUUAUAGUCUCUUCACUCUGCCCAGCUAGCUAACAGUCAUCCAAAUGAAAGCUACAUUUAUAGUCUUUUCACUCUGUCCAGCUAGCUAACAGUCAUCGUAAUGAAAGCUACAUUUAUAGUCUCUUUACUCUGUCCAGCUAGCUAACAGUCGUCAUAAUGAAAGCUACAUUUAUAGUCUCUUUACUCUGUUCAGCUAGCUAACAGUCAUCCAAAUGAAAGCUACAUUUAUAGUCUCUUUACUCUGUCGAGCUAGCUAACAGUCAACAAAAUGAAAGCUAGACAGUCAGGGAGCAUCAAAAAUUCCAAAGCCGAUGGAUAGAGGACAUUUUGCACAUUUUGACGCCAAGACAAUAUAUACACAUUUUAAGUGCGGCACUCCAGACCUUGGUGAAGACUGAAUACGGCCCGCAGGGCAAAAUGAGUUUGACAACCCUGUGCUAGAGCAGUGUUACUCACGAAUUGCGGCAAUUGUACUGCCAAUAACAUGGGCGACCUAACUAUUUAGUGCUUUAAUUAACUGUUUGGCUUUAGGAGGAGAUUAUGGUUGUUUGUACACUGUCACCGUGACAACACUGAGUAUGGCUAUGAAUGUAUUCCUGCACCUUUUUGAAUAUCCUCUGUGACUUCUUAGAUGCCUUAAUAUAACUGAAAAUGAAACAAUAGCCUUAUGUAUGAAAGGAUAUACAAAUAUUUUGUAUUUUAGUCAACUUAUUUCUGAAGAUUUAAUAUUGAAUGUUUACAGAAUAUUAAACAUUUUCUAUAAAAGUAA